AAUGUGAUCAGAGAUGAAAAGAACGAGCAUAAACUAUCAAAAGAUAUCGAAGCAGUAGAGUGGUGGUUAAAAUCUUCUGAAGAUAGAGGAUUAGUAUUCGAUAAAGGAAAGAUAAUCGAUAGGAAUGUGGCAUCUAAUGUAUAUCAUAAUGAGGUUGGAGUCAAAAGUUGUGAUAAUGAGGAUAAAGCUGCAGAUGGUAGAGCAGAAAUCGUUAGAAGUGAAAUAGGAAGUGUCGAAGUAACACAUGAUGAAAAUAUAAAAAAUAAUAAAUAUCAUAAAUUCCAUGAUAAAAAGUCUUGCUGUGAUGAAUAUUCUGCUCAUGAUUGUGAAUCAGUGGUGGAGAUCAAAAGGAAUCAAAGGGAUAAAAUUGAUGAUAUUGAUGAUAGAAAAAUGAAACGUGAAAAGAACAAUUAUGUAGAUA